AUCACAGUGGUAUAUUCUCUGUCAGGUGUUAAGUUUACUUUGAAGUGCUCGUGGUUUGUUUGUGACUGUGUUAUUUUUCUUAUAGUUAAUGCAAACGAAUUUCAGUUCAUACCCUUUUACAGAUAAAUUAAUGCAUCAAAUUUUGUAGAAAGAUUUAUACUUAACAAAAAUAAACAUGACUUCGACAGAGCAAGGUAUUAGUACAGAAAAAACUGAGGAAGAUGCUACCGCAAACACCGAAGAUAAUGAAAAAGCUGUUCUCAUGGAAUAUAUUAGUAAUCUAGAGGCGCGAAUCAAACAAAAAACUGAAAUGCGAAAUCUGAAUUUAACCUGUGUUCGGCCACCUGAAAAUCAUUUCUCUAAGUUGGAUUCUGGUCUGAAGAAAAAUACCACAUUUGUAAAGAAACUGAAAUCUUUUAGUGCAACUCAAAUGGAUACUCUUUUGAAAGACUUUAGUGUAUUAAAUUUGACAAAAUAUAUAUCUGAAGUAGCAGCAGCAAUUGCCGAAGCAAAAUUAAAGAUGUCUGAUAUUCCGGCUGCUAUAAAUAUAUGUUCUGUUCUUCAUCGCACUUACACAGAUUUCUCAUCAAACUUUUUUGAAAAUUGGCAAAAGAUACUGACUUUCAAAGCUACAGAUAAAAUCACAAAUUCCUCAAAAUUGCGUGUUGACAUACGAUUCUAUGCAGAGCUUGUUGCAGUGGGAAUAUUUGCAAACAAAACUGGUUUGCCACUGUUGGGUAAUGUUCUCACUGUUCUUAUUAAUAUGGACAAGGAAGAGCACAACAAUAUCCCAAUAUUACUGUCUUUCUGCAAACAUUGUGGUGAAGAUUAUGCUGGUCUUAUGCCAAAGAAAAUCAGAGAAACUGCAGAGAAACUCAGUAUAACAGUGCCAAGGAACACAUUUUUGCCAGCAGAGAAACAGACUGUUGUGCGAACAUUAUUGAAGGAUUAUUUUAUGUCUUUAACCAAACACCUGUUGGCCGUGAAAGCACAACUACAGGCUCUGCAUGCAGCCAAUCAGCGCACGUUACAUACCAGGGGAGAGCUGUCACAAGAGAGGAAAGAUCAAUUAGAAUUGCAUCAGGCAACCUAUGACAAAUUGUUGGGUGGUGCCCAAAGUUUUGCUGAAGUCUUAGGGGAGGAAUUGGGAGAGGCUGGUGAACCCCCCACUCUGUCUCUGGUGGUGACAGAGACCCAAGGCACGGUCAGCAUUGGCGGGACUGAGGAGUUCAAUAUGCAAGCUGGCACAGAUCCUUGGCAAGACGAAGAUACUAGAACAUUCUAUACGUGCUUGCCUGACUUGAAAGUGUUCAUGCCUAACUAUCAACCUAAGGAGACUGUAAAGAAUAAAACGGAAGUAACAGAAGAGAUGUUGGAUGAAGACUUGAAAGAGGACGAACUCAGUGACAGCGAGGAUCCUCCCACUGUGACGGAUGUGGAACAGGAGGAGAGCCAACCAUCUAACAUUUCUAAUAAGUAUGCCCUUGAUGCUUUCCUAAAUGAAUUACCAAAUUGUAUAAAUAGAGAACUGAUAGAUAACGCUGCCGUAGAUUUUGUGCUAAACCUCAACACUAAGAACAAUCGUAAAAAGCUAACAAGAGUCUUGUUCAGCGUUGCCAGGACUAGACUUGAUUUGUUACCAUUUUACUCAAGAUUCGCAGCUAUAUUGUAUCCGGUGUUGCCAGAUGUCUGUGUAGAUUUAUGCCAAAUGCUGAAACAAGAUUUCAAGUACCAUGUGAGGAAAAAGGAUCAAAUCAACAUUGAAUCAAAGAUAAAAGUAGUCAGAUUUAUAGGAGAACUAGUGAAAUUUGGGUUGUACUCGAAGAUGGAAGCGUUAUACUGUGUAAAAGUGUUGCUACACGACUUCAAGCACCACCACAUCGAGAUGGCUUGCAAUUUGCUGGAAACCUGCGGGAGGUUCCUGUACUGCAAUCCUGACACACAUCAACGGACCAUGAUCUAUUUACAACAAAUGAUGAGGAAAAAGACCGUGUCAGCUCUAGAUUCCCGUUACGUGACACAGAUAGAAAAUGCGUUUUACUAUGUCUGUCCACCUGAAGCGCCUGCUCAGCCUAAAGAAGAAGAGCCACCAAUGCACCAGUUCAUCAGAAAGACACUUCACGAAGACCUACAGAAAAGUAAUGAGGAGAAGAUUCUAAGAUUAAUGCGCAAGUUGAAUUGGGAUGACCCUGAAAUAUCAGCUGUUGCUAUUCAGCACUUGGCCGGUGGUUGGAGGGUUCGGGCUAGUGCCAGAAGGGCCUUAGCUCGGCUCACAGCUGAACUAGCGGUUUGGCAAGAAGUAGUGGCACCUGCUGUGGUGGACACCAUCAUAGAGGAAAUACGAGUAACAAUGGAAGAUCCCCAUCCCAAAUACAACCAGAGAAGAAUCGCCACCGUCAGAUACCUUGGAGAACUGUACAAUUACAAAUUACUGGAUUCCCGCGACGUUUUCACAGUCUUGUACUCCUUUAUCACUUUUGGAGUGACCAAUGACCAUAGCAAUGUGUCUCCAUUAGACCCGCCUGACAAUGUGUUUAGGAUAAGACUGGUAUGCGCGUUGCUCGAGACUUGCGGAGCGUAUUUUAAUAGCGGCUCUAGUAAGAAGAAACUGGAUUAUUUCCUAGUAUUCUUCCAAAACUAUUACUGGUUCAAAUAUUCGGAUCCCCAUUGGACUGAAGAAAAUAAGUUUCCUAUUUACGUGAAAUAUAUUUAUCAAGAGUGUUUGUCGACGCUUAGGCCGAAGCUGGUGCUAUUUACGAGUUGGCAGCAAUGUAAAGAUGCCAUUGAGGAGCUGCGACAGACUUUGUACCCUGAGUUGGGUGAAGAAGAACAAUAUGAUGAAGACCAGGGCGAUGAUAGUGCUAACGAUGGACUUGACACUAUAAUGGAGACGGAUGAUGAAACUGACAACCCUAACCUGCCUGAAGAAAGCUCUGAAGAUGAACCCAUAACGGAGAACACGGCAAAUGACGAUAAUGAUUUGCAACCUGAGGAUUUGGCUAUUGAACCUAGAAGACCGAAUCCUAAACCUGUAGAAGAUACAGAAUUUGAAACUGCCUUCGAGAAAAUGGUGAUGGAGAACAUAGCAGAGAGGCAACGUGAAAGCAGGCCCCAGCAGAGAGAUAUAGCCGUGCCGGUCACAUGCAGGCAGGCCACUAAGAAGACCUACGAACAGUUGCUGCAAGGGGAGCAGGGCGUGGAGUUUGUGCUGAUGGUCAGGAAAGGGACUAAGCCGCAGUACAAGUCUUUCAGCGCCCCGCCUGAAUUGGCGAGCAACCUGCAGCAACAAGCCUUGGCUGAUAAACAAGAGAUGGAGAGAGUUAAAAGAUUGACACUGAACAUAUCAGAGAGGCAAGAAGAGGAAGAAUACAGCGCUGAAAGUGGCGGCGGGUCGGGUGGAAGCGGCAACCCUAAUAGGGGAUUACACGUGCGACAGAAGUAUCAACAUCCGAAAGGUGCUCCGGACGCCGACCUCAUUUUUGGACCUAAGAAAUUUAAAUGAGGAACGGAACAAUGCAUAAACUACUUUUUUGGAAAAGGCGGCUUUUUGAUAGCGACUGCGGUACUUCAGAAAGACUGUCAGUCGACAAGAUAAUAGAGUUGAAAUACCUAUUAACAUCAUUCGUUUACACUUAAGGCGCCGGAAAAUGGGAGGGGUAUAUGGAUAAUCAGAUUUAUAUUGUAUUCGUUAGUUAUUAUUACAUUGAUUAAAAAUAUUGAUAAAUUGACAUUUGCACCUAGUUGCAAAGACGCAGUAAUAGCUCUAAUUUGAACCAGAAUUUGCUAAGUAGAACUCAUUGUCAAGAGAGUAAUAGUUAAAAAUGUUUGUCUUCCAUAUUUUAACAAGUUGUUGAUUCAUAAUUAUAUGAUUAAUUAAUUUUGCACACUGAAUAGAAUUUGUUUAGCUGUUUGAUAUUUCAUAAUGUUCAUUUUGUUAUUCCUAAGAAUUGAAUGUAAGAUCCUUGGUUAUUUUACACAUAGCAGGCACCUCCAU